AUGUCAUUGAACGUGAGUCUUAUACAUCUGAACUACUUCCUACUUCCUCAAAUCUAUCUAUCUCAAAUAAAAACGAAAAUGUCCGCCCCCAACCCCGGCCGCCAAUCCCCCGACCCCGAGCGCCAGAGCGGCGCCCAACAGCGAGACCCCGUCUCGGCAGGAAAGACCCUCCCUGAAUUCCGUGGCGAACCUCGUCACUCGCAGGUCGAGUCAGAGGAGACCAAGAACACGAAGUUGGAGAGCAACCCCGUACACCGGUUGGAAGAGAUUGAGGCGAAGAAGUAUCAGAAAUAA